CCUAGUGGGCGGGGUGGCAGUGGAUCGUCUCGGCGCCAUCCGGCAUCAACGAAGCACCCAGCGGCUAAAUAGCUGCAUCAGGUUCUCUGAUGAGCCCUUUAAGUAAGGCAGCAUCAUUCCUCACGACCAUUUCGGCUGGUAUGCAGCCAAAUUUCACUCGCGCUUCUUCAGUCCCAGAUCUCCUGGCUCGUCCUUCUCCACGUGCGACGACAAGUCAAUAAUGUCGACUGGAAGAGAGCUAUCUGGCGGCUCCUUUACAGCCACGCAUCACUCCACGACCUACGACUAUAUUUCCCCAUUGAAGCUUGACCUAGCUGGCAAACAUGUUGUGGUUACAGGCGCAGCUUGGGAGGACGGAGUCGGUUACGCCACAGCCACGGCCUUUGCUCGGGCAGGAGCGUCUUCAAUCGCAGUAGUCGAUCUACACGGCGUGUCGGAUGAUCUUGUCGAGAAGUUGAAGCUGGCUGCGACGCAAGCCGGACGCCCAGAGCCUAUGGUGCUUAGCUGCACGGUCGAUAUCGCAGAUCAAGACAGCGUCCAAGCAAUACACGACAUCGUGUCGCGGAGCUUCGGUGGAUGUCUGGACAUUCUCGUCAACAAUGCGGCCCACCAGGAGCCAUAUAAGCCAAUCCUCGAUUCAGACCCAGAUGUCUACUGGCGAACGUGGGAAGUGAAUGUGCGCGGCCUCUUCAAUAUGGUGCGCACAUUCCUUCCCAUGCAACUCUCAACGCGAGAUAGUACCGGCGGUUUAUGCACGAUAAUUAACGUCUCUUCUUCAGGCGCAUUAACUGCUCGCCCCGGGAGUGGGAGUUAUCGAAGUUCGAAACUGGCGAUACUGAGGUGGACGGAGACUUUGCAGAUUGAAUAUGCUGACCAAGGGCUGUUGACAUUUUGUGUUAAUCCAGGGGCAAUCAAAACGCAGAUGAGCAAGGAGUUGCCCGAGAAGAUGCGAAAUCUAUUGCCCGAUCGUCCCGACAUAGCUGGUGAUACAAUUGUUUGGUUGGCCGCUGAACGCAAGGAGUGGUUAGGUGGCAGAUACGUGAGCUGCCCAUGGGAUAUGCAGGAGCUUUUGGGAAGAAAAGAUGAGAUCGUCGAGAAGGACAAGCUUAAAAUGAGAAUGACAUUUUGA